CCUCCAGACGGGCAAGUGCACGUCGCAGUACAAGACGUGCAUGACCAACGUCAAGUGCUCCAACGAAGACAAGGUCGUGUGCGCCGAGGAGAAGCCGAAGACCCCGGCCGUCAACUUCCGCAACCAGUGCUACUUCAACGUUGGUCUGUGCCUCAACCAUGGCCUGAAAGUGGUGACAGGCGACAAGUGCCCCAUCCGCAAGAGCAAGAGCAAGCCCACGCCCACGCCCAAGGCGCUCUCUGCUGAAAACACGUUUGGCCUCACGUCUUCCAACGCGACGACGCCGACACCGCUUGACGACGACGAAGACUACACUGACGGCGACGACGAGGACGACGCCGAUGAUCCGCAGCACACGAGCAGCGGCCCCGACGAUGUGUGGGACACGACCGACUUGUACGUGGGCGAAGACCUCUCGGUCGGCAACGAGACGGUCGAGACGACCAACAGCACGGCGGCGCCUGCCAAACCGACGACGGCCGCGGCUACCACGCCUCCAACGGCGGCCCCGAGCUCCGCGGCCGUCGCAGUCUCUUCCGUCGGCGCCCUUGUCCUCGCUGGCGCCCUCGUCUUGGCCUAAGGCAGCCCUCGUGCAUCCGUCGUCGUAUCAGCUUUCAUAAUAAACAGCACUCGUUGUCCAAGACACCUUG